AGUGUCUCAGUUGCGUCGUCAUUGAGUUUCUUAAAUACAACAAAAGCCAAGCUUCACUGCCUAGUACUCUCAAUACCACACAACGCUUCCAAGACCGAAGAGACCACAUAGUACCGUCGAUACUUCCUUCUUGUACCGAUCACCAUCUCAGACUCGUGGCUCUCUUUGCUAUUGGACAGACGCUCACCUUCUGUCCUACGUACUGAGCGCAACAACACAACACCCUCGACAAAAGCUUGGGAUCCUCUUGCCGCUGGUAGACAGGCUGCCGACAAAGACGAAGCAGGCGCUUGCAGGCGUCCCUGAUAUCCUUCACAGCAAUCACAUACCACCACGAUGUGUCGAAUCGAGGAGAGAGUAUACAUUAGCCCUGACGGUAACCAGUCUGUUUUCGACGAGACGUUCCUUUGCGAGAGGGGCCGUCGCCACAAGAGAACGUGCUCAGAUACGAAGGUGCACACAACCAAGUACAGGACAGGAUCUUCUUCUCACGAUCCCACUUCAUCUCCGAUGAGCAGUCCAAUCACUCCUGGCAGAUCUGGCUUCAACAUUCGAGAACGUCGGCCAUCAACAUCAAGCCGGCCAUCAACUAGGGACGGAACAGUCAAAGUCAAGCCCGAGGUCGUCAUUGAGAUCGGAUCGAAGAAUGGUAAAGGUAAAGGAUACCCAACGAUUACCAUUUCAACCAAGAAGAACCAUCGAACAUCACUGGGUUCAAGCUCAAUUGUUGAUUCUCCCGGUUCAGACGCUUCGCAAACCAUUCGUACAGGUUAUCCUGAUGCCACUCUUCCUCUCAAUUCAACCUAUGGCGCGCUUCAUUCCCGACCAGGACAAUACCGAAACCCAUCGUCAGACGAGUCGUUCACAGGACCUGGUCGUGUUGCCCCUAUGUACCACACUUCCGACGAAUAUGAUACGCCUAGCCUCGCGACAGGAACAACAGCCACGUCAAGUGGAACUCGCCCUGUAAUCCACCAUGCUCCACGUCAUGUACCAUCCCCCAUCGACACUAAGCGCGCCCAAUCUGGCAGCCCUUCUAGUACUUAUCGUACCACUGUUGUGACACCUCGAGGUGUGUAUGACCAAACUCAUGACCGCACCGACAGGAGCCAGCGUUCAGCUGCUUCUUACGCGUCCGAGAUCACUCGAUGCGAUGAACAAGACAGACGACAGGAGGCUCACGAUCGUGAGGUCGCUACGAGUGUGACGAGGGAAGAAAAUAAACGGGUUCGUUUCGAGCCCUCUCGUGCACAAGGUCGCGCUGAGCAGCGAGCCGACAGGACGUUCGCCGAACGCGAUGAGGGACGCGAGCAGCUUCGACAGCAGGAGAGAAGAAUUCGAGAGGCUCAGGCGGAAAAGGAAGCUGCCGCCAAAGAGGCCGCGGCAAGAGAGGCUGCAGCGAAAAGACCGAAGCCCACAACGGGUACUUCCAAGCCAGCGGCACCAUCACGCAGGACCUCCAUUCGCAUGACUUCAGCAGAAGCCGCCAAACAGCAGCAACUGAUUGAUGCUGAUAAGAGUCAGAUGCGCAAAGAGCGUAUUAACGCAGAGUCUAUGGAGCGGGAAGAGCAGAUGCAACAGCAACAAUAUCCACCUACCCUCCAGCAACAGCAGCAAGAUCCCAGAUAUUAUGAUCCUCGUGGAAACGGCGCAAUCUCCAGUGGUGCAGGUUCGAUGUCUCGUCGUAACAGCCUUUCUGGUUCUGCACAACGACCGGACAUGGGGAGCCUGGGAAGAACACCCAGCACACGCGGCACUGGUGUACCUCAACCUCGUCAAGAGCGCCGUCAACCACCUGUGUCAUACUACAAUCGUACUGAUCUACCUCCUGCUCGCGAACGACGAUUUUCUUCGUCCUACGGCAAUGGGCCAACGAACCCGUUCGUGCCACACGCAUCCACCGCCGACCCAUGGGAUGUUCGCAACGUGCGCGAUGCGUUGCCUAGUGCGCGAGGCCCUCAAGUUGGGCACAACUUUCCACAGCCACAACAGGCUUCCCACCGCAUGAACCAGGCAUUAUACAAUGGCCCGCACGAGCCGGAUUCUGAGGAUGAGCUGUACAGCUGAAGAUGACGGAUAAGAGAGAUGCUAGCAGUAAAAAAGGAUGAGCCAUAAUUGCUAUCCUUUGUUCAGUUCAGGGACGUUCUAUCUACGGCGUUGUGUUCUUCAUUUCACAUUUCCCUGUCGAUACCCGUCUUGUACCUUAUACGCCGUGUACAUCUCUCUAGCUUCUCGUUUACUCUUGGGAGUUCUGUUCUAUGGUGUUGCAUAUAGAUAUACCCUUACUUCACUGUUGCUGUACGUAUACAAGACCACUAUCAUACAUCCAGACUUCUCUCGUAUCA